AUGACGUUCAGCAUUCUCUCAUUCAUCCUCACAGUGGCUUUUGCUGCAGCGGCGCUGGACACUACUCAUGUCCGUCCUGUCCUGUCGGCACCGAUCAACAAAGACGCCAGGCAAUGCGAUUGUUUCGUGGUCUCCGGUCCUAACCCAGGAUACUUCCAGCACUACAAGCUGUGGGACUUUCGCUCCGUCCCCUUGGGCAAGUUUGCCAACUCCACACCCUCCAUCUGGCAGGAUGAGGACGAGGACGACAGAGAUGACUGGGGCUGGGACUCGGAGUGGGACUGGGGUGACUGGGUGGAUUAUGAUGAUGACGCUGAAGAGCUGGAGGUCGAUGUCACAAGCACUAUAGGCGAAGGCGAGAGUCCCGAUCCUGACUCCUGGCUGUUCUUCGAAACGCUCUUUGAGAAGGACUGGAGUAGCCAGGGAUGGGAGCGUCAUCGCACCAAGGAUUCCCCCGUGUCCAUGGUCAACAGCAAGCGGAACGUCUUCUUCACCAAGGACCACGAGCGAGGGAACAACUUGACCUAUCUGGUCCUGCGCACCACCCGCCACACGAACUAUACAUCGACCGCCGAGAUCGAGACUCGGAUCAGCAAUAUCUAUCACGCCUCCAUCCGCGUGCGUCUGCGGCUGCUCCCCGCCAGCAUGACUAUACCGCAACCUGUCCAGCCCAAGGACUGGCCUCCACUAGACCCGCGGCAGCAUGCCAUCCCGGCUCUGAACAACAAAUCAACUUCCGUACAGGAUGACCGACCAGCCCCUGGUGCAUGUGUCGGCAUCUUCACCUACCACGACCUGAACACCGAAUCAGACAUCGAAAUCCUAACCAAAGACUCAUCGUAUCGCGUCCACUAUGCCAACCAACCAGACUACGAUCCAGUUGCCGACAUCAUGAUCCCCGGCGCAAGCUCAGAGGUUGACCUGCCCUUCGCCUGGACAUCAUGGUCAACACACCGGCUGGACUGGUUUCCGUCUAUCUCGCGGAUGUACGUGGACAAUCGGCUCCAAGACGCCAAAUCGUACCGGGUACCCAACUUGCAGAGCAUGGUGGUGAUAAACCUGUGGAGUGACGGCGGUGUCUGGACGGGAGACAUGAGGCUCGGCGACAGUAUUUACAUGGGGAUUGAAUGGAUCGAGCUGGCCUACAACAAGUCCUCGGACCAUAACAAGGGAGUGGGUGUUCCUGCCUCGCAGCGUCAUGGCGGUCACCAGCCCUUCUCGCCCGCAAAUCUGUCGAACCAAACCGGUAAUGGACGCCCGAUGGACUCGACGCAUGCGCCAAAUGAGCCUGAUGAUGAUCUAUCCAAGAAGAAGCAGAAACCCCGUAAAUGCAAGAAAGGGAGGAAGGGCCGGAAGUGUCGCAGACGACAGAAGCACCGCAAGGACCAUGACCAUGACCAUGAUAAUGAUGAUCAUGAUGGAGAGAACCCGCAGCCUGAUUCAUGCCGUAGGCCGUGUGCCAUUGAUAGCCUUUAG